AUGGAGUCAGAUGAGGAUUUCAUGAGCGUCGGCUCUAGCCCGGAUGACUUUUUGGACACCCAAGGCAGUGAUGUCGAGAGCUUAGGCGAUGAUUUUGGUGAUGAGUUUGAUGGCGGGUUCUCCAAAGAUAAAGAUAUCAUCGCGACGAAACGGAAACCAUACGAGGUUGAGUUCAAAGUCCUGAGCCCGGAAGAUAUCGAGCGGCAGCAGAAUGUGCAGAUCAACGAGGUCUCGUCGAUCCUCGGCCUGCCCCCAGAGUCGUCGGCCAUCCUGUUGCGGUAUGGGCGAUGGAAACGCGAGAAGUUGAUCGAAUCGUAUAUGGACCAUCCAGAAGAGACCCUGGAGGAGGCUGGUCUAGGGACAAAUUUUGAGGGAACGCCGCAGACCGAAGUGGUCUCUGGCUUUAUGUGUGAGAUUUGCUGCGAGGAUGGCGACGAGCUCGAGACGUAUGCUAUGCGCUGCGGGCACCGCUUCUGCGUUGAUUGCUAUCGCCAUUACCUAGCACAGAAAAUCCGCGGGGAGGGUGAAGCCGCGAGGAUUGAAUGUCCAGGUACGGACUGUCAUAUGAUUGUGGACUCGAAGUCAUUAGGACUGCUGGUGACGGAUGAUUUGAAGGAGAGAUACAAAGCUCUCCUCAUGCGGACGUAUGUCGACGACAAGGAUAAUCUCAAAUGGUGCCCGGCUCCGGAAUGCGUAUAUGCGGUGGAUUGCCCAAUUAAACAGCGCGACCUUCGGCGCAUUGUGCCCACAGUCCAGUGUGACUGCAAGCACUACUUCUGCUUCGGAUGUACACUCAACGACCAUCAGCCAGCGCCAUGCACGCUAGUGAAGAUGUGGUUGAAGAAGUGCGAAGACGAUUCCGAGACGGCCAACUGGAUCUCCGCCAACACGAAAGAGUGCCCGAGAUGCCAUUCAACGAUCGAGAAGAAUGGCGGCUGCAACCACAUGACUUGUCGAAAAUGUAAGCACGAGUUCUGCUGGAUGUGCAUGGGUCUGUGGUCCGAACAUGGCACCAGCUGGUACAACUGCAAUCGUUACGAGGAGAAGUCCGGAUCCGAGGCCCGCACCGCACAGGCGCGAUCUCGGGAGUCGCUGGAGCGGUACCUUCACUACUACAACCGGUAUGCCAACCACGAGCAGUCGGCCAAAUUGGAUAAGGACCUGUAUCUGAAGACGGAGAAGAAGAUGACCAGUCUUCAAUCGCAGUCCGGUCUUUCCUGGAUCGAGGUCCAGUUCCUGGACACUGCAUCACAAGCAUUGCAACAAUGUCGACAGACCCUGAAGUGGACGUAUGCGUUUGCCUACUACCUAGCACGCAACAACCUGACGGAGAUCUUCGAAGACAACCAGAAGGACCUAGAAAUGGCCGUCGAGAGCCUGAGUGAGAUGUUUGAGAAACCGGUACCGGAGCUUGCACAAUUAAAGGUCGAUAUUUUGGACAAAACAGCUUACUGUAACAAACGGCGGGUGAUUUUGCUGAGUGACACAGCGGAGAAUUUAAACAAUGGCGAAUGGUCAUUCAAUGUGGAUUGGUAG